AAACUAAACAGUUGGAUAGUGUGGAAAAAUAAAAAAAUGGAAAGAGACUAAAAAACUAUAUGGUUGAUGCAAAAAAGACAUAGGAUGACGAGGACCACUUUAAUGGCUUUUGAUCCUCAAUAGUGGGCUAUACUAUAUAUACAUAUAGAUAUAUAACACAACUCCAUUGUCGUCCAACCCCAGAGCUCAGAUUUGUCUUCACCACUUCACAUUUUCUCCCUUCACCAAAAUAAUUUUAAAACUCUCAUAUCUAUAUAAAUACUACUACGUAACAAUAAUAAUGGGGCCAAUGACACUUCCUCCAGGAUUCCGGUUCCAUCCGACGGACGAGGAGCUCGUGGCCUACUAUCUUGAUCGGAAGAUCAACGGCGGAACCAUCGAGCUUGAAGUCAUCCCUGAGGUUGAUCUCUACAAAUGUGAACCCUGGGAUUUACCAGAUAAAUCCUUCUUGCCUAGCAAAGACAUGGAGUGGUACUUCUACGGGCCACGGGACAGGAAGUACCCGAACGGGUCGCGAACAAAUCGCGCGACGCGUUCAGGGUACUGGAAGGCGACGGGGAAAGACCGGACGGUGCACUCGCAAAAACGGGCGGUGGGCAUGAAGAAGACAUUGGUGUAUUACAGAGGGAGAGCGCCUCAUGGCGUUAGAACUGACUGGGUAAUGCACGAGUAUCGCCUCAUCGACUCUGUUUCCACAUCUACUCUCAAGGAUUCUUAUGCACUCUGUCGGGUGUUGAAGAAAAACAUAGUCAUAACAAAGACGAGCAAACAAGAAUCAGGCGUUAUAUGGGACGACGACAGCACGCCGGAAACAUCCGCCAAACAAACCGAGGGAUCCUCCUCCGACGUCACACAAACCACACCUGGCGUUGCCGUAGUCUCCUCCACGCCUCAGAUCGCAUCAGAUGAAGUCAACAGCUCCAUCGUCGACCAAUUUUAUUACGAUGCCACCCAAAACAUAUCAGAUUUCAAUAUUCAGGACUAUACAGGUAUAUUCUACGAAUCGUGGUAUCCGGCGCUGGGGGUGGACGACUUCCCACAAAUAGAUCAUCUGAGCGGCGAUCACGUGGCUUCCGACAGAUGUCUCAACGGCAUUGCAACUCUAGAUGAGAUUUAUGCCGUGUGCUCUACACACGACAAUUAUGCAGGAUCGAAUUAGCUUACACUUUGUAAUGUUUUCAAAUUUACAGACGAAUGAGAUUGGGGUGGGGUUCUUUAAUUACAUAUAUAUUUCAUUUUUUUUGGUUUGCUCUUUUAAUUUAUACUUGUAAGGAUAUGGAAGAAUUAAGAUAAUUUUGUGCUAACGUAUCUUUUUUUUUUUCCUUUGUAAUUUUUGCGGGCAAGUCCAGAGUUUUAUAAAUGGCUUCUCUCGUUGUUUUUAAA